AUGUCAUCUCUCAUGGGCACCCCCAGUGACCCCCUGUUGGCCAGUCCAGGAGGGAGGUUAUCCACAGCCCAGGAAGGUCUCUGGAGGAACUCACUAUCCAAAACUGUCAGCUUCCCAACGUCCACCACCCGGCACCUCAGUCACCGAGCCAACAAUUUCCAAAGACAGCUAAAGCGCCGGAAGCUGAUAAGACCUUCACCGCCUCCGCCACCCAACACACCCUGCCCCCUGGACCACCUGGACCUCAGUGAGCUUCCCCCCAGGCGUACCUUCCAAGAGCUGCUCUGCAAUGGCUGCAUCCUCUUUGGUAUUGAAUUCAGCUAUGCCAUGGAAACGGCGUAUGUGACUCCUGUGCUUCUACAGAUGGGCUUGCCUGAUCAAUUCUACAGCUUGGUGUGGUUUAUUAGCCCCAUUCUGGGAUUCCUUGUUCAGCCUUUCCUCGGAGCGUGGAGUGAUCGUUGCACAUCCCGGUUUGGGCGAAGGAGACCUUUUAUUUUUGCGUUGGCUAUAGGGGCUCUGUUUGGUCUAACUCUGGUGCUGAACGGACGGGACAUUGGAGGUGCGCUUGCUGACACCGCAUCAAAUCACAAGUGGGGAAUUGUCCUGACGGUGUGUGGUGUGGUCCUGAUGGACUUCAGUGCGGAUUCAGCCGACAACCCGAGCCAUGCCUACAUGAUGGACGUGUGCAGCCCAGAGGACCAGGAUCGGGGGCUGAAUAUCCAUGCACUACUGGCAGGACUAGGAGGUGGAUUUGGCUACAUUGUGGGUGGCAUCAACUGGGACCAGACACAAUUUGGAAGAGCGCUGGGAGGUCAACUGCGGGUUAUAUUCCUGUUUACGAGUAUCACCUUGGUGUUCGCCACAGCCAUGACUCUGAUGAGUAUCCCUGAACGGCGCCUACCAAAGAACAAAAACUCAAGUAAAGCUCAUCUAAAAAGCCCCAUCCUCCCUCUUCCUCCCUCUCCUCCUGUUCCCCCAGCUUUGGGACUAGAUGAGGAAGAUGAGGAAGGUCUUUACAGCUACAAUUUCUCAAAGUCUCACCCAUAUAACUCUGACCCUCUUGCCCAUUCUUGCAGUGCCAAUGCAAGGCUCUGUGCUGGCCUCACUAGCCCCAUAUCGCCCCUGAGCCCCCUCACUCCGAAAUAUGGCAGCUUUAUAAGUCGGGACAACUCGCUCACUGGCAUCAAUGACUUUGCCUCUUCAUUAGGAACCUCCUAUAUAGACAGUGUGCUCAUAGACUGCUACACAGGUCAGCAGACACCACAGGCCCUGGCCUCCAACUCCACCACUGUGCCCCUGCCUCCAAGGGACUCUCCUCUGAUGAGUCCACACAGGGAGCAGGGAGCCAUCCUGCAGGACAGACCCCAGGCCGACGUGGUGUCCUCAUCCAGCUGGGGCAGCUCAGGAUGCAGAAGCGCCACAGCCUGAGGGAGAAGUACAAUCCCAGGUCACAACUGGGGCUCAGCCUGGUGCAGGAUCACAUCGGGCUCUUCUGCUGGUAUCCUGAAGCGACCCCAGAGUCUUGCACUAAUGGAGGACCCCAUCGCAACCCAGAUUGUUGGGCUGGAGAACGGCCGCAGGAGAACAGUUACCUUCAGCCAGCAGGUUGCAAACAUUUUGCUGAAUGGGGUGCGCUAUGAGAGUGACCUAACUGAGAAUGUGGAUACUGGAGAUUCACAAUUGUCAAUAAGGCUGCUGUGUGUAGCCAUCUACAGGAUGCCUCCCUCUCUCCGGAGUUUAUGCACUAAUCAUUUCCUGGGCUGGCUGUCCUUUGAAGGCAUGCUGCUCUUCUACACUGACUUCAUGGGCGAGGUUGUGUUUAAAGGAGACCCCAAAGCACCCCAUGACUCUGAGGCUUACCAACGGUACAAUGCUGGCGUUAGCAUGGGCUGCUGGGGCAUGUGCAUCUAUGCAUUCAGUGCUGCUUUCUACUCAGCCAUAUUGGAGAAACUGGAGGAGCGUUUCUCUCUUCGCACUCUAUAUUUUUUUGCCUACCUGGCGUUUGGUUUGGGCACUGGCCUGGCCACACUGUCCACCAACCUCUACGUGGUACUUUCUCUCUGUGUCACCUAUGGGGUGCUCUUCUCCUCUCUAUGCACGCUGCCUUACUCUCUGCUGUGUGAAUACUACCAGAGCCCUCAGUUUUGUGGCUCAUCAGAGGAUGGGACCAAACGAGGGAUGGGGGUGGACAUCUCUCUGCUGAGCUGCCAGUAUUUCCUGGCACAGAUCCUGGUCUCUGUGGCGAUGGGACCUCUGACCUCACUGGUGGGUGGGGCCCAGGGAGUGAUGUACUUUGCAAGCCUGAUGUCAUUCGUGGGCUGCCUGUACUCCUCUCUCUGCGUGGUGUACCACCUGCCCCCCCCUGAGGGUGAGCCCCCCCGAUAGCGAGACCCAGCCACUAUUGGUGCACAUUUAGAAAAGUCUCUCCAUUUACUUUACCUCACACACGCAGUCUCAACGGGCACGCGCUUUCACGCUGUCGCGUGAGUGUGUUGACCUUCACAGCAGUCAUAGGACAAACACACUGCACAUCCUGCUGCACAUUGUACAGCACAAUUCCAUAUAUCGUUUCACACCAAUCGGCACUGCUCCUCUCAGAGCUAGACAGACAGACAGACAGACAGAAAUUGGCCACUGCUCUAAUACGUGUGUACAUGACAUAUAUUUUUUUGAAUGCGUGAUAUUUUUUAAUGCAGUGUGGGAUAAAUGGGUGUGAGACAGAGAGAGUGUGAGUGACCUCUUUGAGGUCAUACAAGCCUAAACAUGUCUUCUGUCUGAUUCUUUGCUGUAAAAUUGUGUUUCAUCUUUUCUUGCUUGUUUGUGUUUAGUAUAGAAAUGUUGAUCACUACAUACAAGCUAACCACAGCUUUCCCCCUUUUUCCUCCCUUUUAUCAGUUGCCUAAUGUCUGCAUGAGCUGCAAUGUAAUUCUCAAAACCUUUUUUGUAUUCUUUUGUUUGGUUAUACAGCCAAGGGAAUGUCUACCUGCCUGUUUCUCUGAGUUAGAAUAUUUGCAUCACACGAAUGAAUGAGCAGCCAGUCUCCACUCGCACUCACCGUUAAUGCACCUUCAUUAAUUCAAGAGCUCUUUAAUUUAGCAAA